AUGCUUCUCCUCGUGGUCACCAUAUCCAUCUUUUUUGAGGGACUUGUUUGCAUGCCGCUGUCGGAGAUGGGGCCUCACAUAGACCAUGGUUGGGACCAGGUAGUCCGUCUCAGGCACCUGUAUGCUGCUAGACCAGGACUUCAUCUGUUGAUCAGUACAGAUGGCCAGAUUCACGGUUCUGAGGCCCAAACUCUGCACAGUCUGCUGGAGAUCCGUCCCGUGGACUCAGGUUGUGUAGUCAUCAGAGGCGUAGAGACGGAGCGCUUCCUCUGCAUAGAAGGGGAUGGAACCCUGUAUUCAUCGCCGACCUACAUCAAAGAUGACUGCACCUUCAAAGAGCAGAUCCUGUCAGACGGCUACAACGUCUACGUCUCAGACAAACACAAAGUCCUGCUGAGUUUGGGAAACCACCGCCAACGGCUGCAGGGCCGAGAUCGAGGCGCCCCCGCUUUGGCACAGUUCCUCCCCAGGAUCAGCACACUCGAUAAGUCCUUUUCUCCUGGGCUGGAGGUCCCUGAGCAGGCGGCCCAGACUGCAGUGGAGAUGGAAGCGGAACCCAUGGACAUCAUGGACUCGUUUGGAAAGCUGUCCAAGAUCAUUCACAGUCCCAGCUUUCACAAGAGAUGAUGCGGUAGCUGUGAGACAGCUGUAAACAGACACGUCCACUGCCCAGGAGAGCUCUGCUCUGUCAGACCAAGCGGUACUCAUCCCUGCAUGCUACAGAACCAGGGACCACAGACUCGCAAGUCCAGCCGGACUGCAGCUGGGAGGGUGGUCUGGUCACAUAUGACCAUGCACACCACAGGAGUCCUACAGAGAAUAAAAUGUUACCUGCCCUCAAGACAAAAGAUUUACCAAACAUGCAUUACUGUUGGAUGUCAGACUAUUAUUAUCCUUAUUAGGAUUACAAUGAUGAUACGAGUUGUUAUACUACAUCACAAUAGAGGAGAGGUGUGCUACUUUCUAAAGAAAAUGCUUGUGCAUACUGGAAAACUGACACUUUUGAACGUGAUGAAAAUUGUCAAGGAGCGCCACCUAUUGGUGAACAAGGGCAUAAGCAUUACUCACAGUGGAUCUUAUAUUCACUGUAGAGCAUUCAGACAUUAUGGUCAUUUAAAACUUAUUGUACACAUACAAACAACAUGCGCAUUUUAGUGCUACAUAACUCAUUAAAGUUAUCAGGGAGGAAAAAGAUCUGCUGCAAAGGUAGAAGAUGUAUUUCUUUAUGAAAGCGUGUGCUUGUUAUAUUUAUUUAGGUAUUUAAAUAGUGUUGCUGUGGCACGUAUUCUUUAAUAAAUCUGCUUGUGCAUUUACAUGUGUGAUUUCUUAUCAAUACAAAGAGAUG